GUAGCAGCGAUCCGCAUGAUGCGCCAGCUGAUCGCGUCUGCUGAGCGGGAUUCUCGAAUCCGAGUACUGCUCGCGCAGCUUCACGAAGAAGCGAUGCAACACAUGCGACACACGCGGCACAUGCGACACAUGCGACGCAUGCGACAUGCUCCGUGGGUGCUAGAGCGUUUCGUUGGCUCAAUAAUAGAUUCUCUCAAGUAGCGGCGAGUCCGACAUGAGCGAGAUUCUUGAGUUGACUCGAAUACCACUUUUCAACGGAAAGCGUGAUGGGACACGCGACAGACCACAGUGAUAGAGCCCUUGCCGGCGGCGGUUUUAUGGAAGACUCGACAUGUCUCUUUUUGAGGCGCCCCAAAACAUGUCGCAUCACGUCUGGGAACAGACCUUCGACGAUCGUCCGCACUGGUAGACGUGACAGACGCCAAGCAGGUCCCCCAGCAGAGUCCUGGUCUUGGCUUCUCACUCGCUGUGUCUCUCAAGUACAAAUAGAGGCUCGGACCUUGAAAUUAGCAGGUCGCAGUUUCCUAUUGUCUGAGUUUCCUGUCUCAAGGAGUUCCUGUAUCAAGGAGUUCCUGUAUCAAGGAGUUCCUGUAUCGAGAAGUUCCUCUAAAGCUUGUAUGCUAAGAUGGCGUCGAUCCUUGGGCCGUUCCCAGCAGCCUUUUGGUGCUGAUUCUUUCAGGAACGCUUGGGGCUGCGGCAUCUCGUGACAAGCCACUGGGAUCCCAUGGGACUCCAGACGAAGCCACCGCAUCUGGAGCUGCUGAGCGAUGGCACGGUGGUGGGGCCCUUGCUGGAAGCUCCUCCAUCUCUACAAACUGCUGGCAGCGGCAGCGGUGUUGGUGACAGCGGUGUUGGCAGCAGCGGUCUUGGCGGCAGCGGCGCUGGUUUCAGUGGCGGCAGCGGCGCUGGUUUUGGUGGUGGUGGUGGCGGUGGUGGUGGUGGUGGUGGUGGUGGUGGUGGUGGUGGUGGUGGUGGUGGUGGUGGUGGUGGUGGUGGUGGUGGUGGUGGUGGUGGUGGUGGUGGUGGUGGUGGUGGUGGUGGUGGUGGUGGUGGUGGUGGUGGUGGUGGUGGUGGUGGUGGUGGUGGUGGUGGUGGUGGUGGUGGUGGUGGUGGUGGUGGUGGUGGUGGUGGUGGUGGUGGUGGUGGUGGUGGUGGUGGUGGUGGUGGUGGACAAGGUGGACCAAGGUGGAUUCGUUGCUUCAUCCUGGAGGGGGACCAAGCCCCCCUCCCCCUCCCCCUGUACCUGUAGUAGCAGCCAGCACACCAGCAGGGGGUGGAGGUGGAGAUGGUGGAGGAGACGGCGGCGGGGGUUGGUGGGGGUGGUGGAGGCCGAGAAGGCCGAGGAGGCGGAGGAGGCGGAGGAGGCGGAGGAGGCGGAGGAGGCGGAGGAGGCGGUGGCGGUGGAAGUGGAGGUGGCGGAGGAGGAGGAGGUGGUGGGUGUGGUGCAAGCCAGGCAAGCCGAGCUAGCCGGGCGAGUUGUGCAAGUCAAGCUAGUCAGGCGAGUCGUGCUAGCCGAGCGAGCAAGAACGUGCGUGCUACCCGCCUCCGCUAACAUGAGCCGCUACUACUGGUGUGUCGUGUCAUUCUUAUAUAAAUAUAUUGGUGUAUGUGCUGAUUAAGUGAAUACAACGGAACCAGCAAAAACACUUAGUGAGACUUUCUGUGCGCACGUACCUUAUACUUUAUCAAAAGUAGGAUUUUCAGUCGUCCUCUUGUUAAUACUUCUUUCUUCUGUGCGCACGUACUUGUCAAACAUGUGUAUCUCUUAUGUUUGCAUAGACUGUAUAGGGUCACCUUUUAGAGGGUACAACACUUAGAUAUAU